GAGACUUUGUAACUAAGUCAACCGAAGUGUGUUUGAUCUACCGCAGAUUUCUAUAUAUCCCCACCAAACUAACUCUCUAUAAAUCUUGACUAUCACCACCACACACCACCACAACCACCACCGUCAUGCCUUCAACCCUAACAACUCUCCUCAUCUACCUCCUCAUCUCCACCGCAACUGCCACCGCAAUCACCACCACAACUACCACCAAACCCUCCGGCAAAUGGACCCUCCUCCAACCCAACAUAGGCAUUACGGCCAUGCACAUGCAACUAUUACCAAACGACCGUGUCCUCAUAUACGACCGUACUGACUUCGGCGCCUCUAAUCUCUCGCUAGCCAACGGCAAAUGCCGCGAAGAUCAAAACGAUGUCAUACUGAAGAAGGACUGCACGGCCCACUCUAUCGAAUACGACGUGGUUUCCAACACGUUUCGUCCACUCAUGGUUCAAACGGACGUGUGGUGUUCUUCGGGAUCUUUGGUUGCGGAUGGCACCAUCGUUCAAACCGGAGGGUUUAACGAUGGUGAUCAUGUGGUUAGGGUUUAUAAAUCGUGUGAUAAAUGUGAUUGGAAGGAGUUGAAAGCGGGUUUGAUUAAUAGGAGAUGGUAUGCUACUAAUCAUUUACUGCCUAGUGGCCGCCAGAUUAUUAUUGGCGGCCGCAGACAGUAUAAUUACGAGUUUUACCCGAAGGUUUCGAAGUCGGAGAAGGCUUAUAAUUUGCCAUUUUUAGUUCAGACGAAUGAUCCGAAACUUGAGAAUAAUUUAUACCCAUUUGUGUUUCUUAAUACGGAUGGAAACUUGUUUAUUUUCGCGAAUAAUCGAGCAAUUUUGUUCGAUUAUUCGCUGAACAGGGUGGUCAAGAAUUACCCGCAAAUACCGGGUGGGGAGCCGAGGAAUUACCCGAGUACUGGGUCGGCUGUACUACUUCCGUUGCGUAUUGUACAACGGAAUGUGACAGUUGUAGAGGUGUUGGUUUGUGGUGGCGCUCCGAAAGGGGCGUUUGUAAAUGCUCAAAAUGGGGUUUUUGAUGGAGCCUUGAAAACUUGUGGUCGGAUAAAGAUAUCCGACCCAAGUCCAAAAUGGGUCAUGGAGAGUAUGCCUUUGGCUCGUGUGAUGGGUGACAUGUUGUUGUUACCGACUGGUGACGUUUUGAUCAUUAAUGGCGGAUCCAAGGGUUCCGCAGGAUGGGAGUACGGGAGGAACCCGGUUCGUUACCCGGUGGUGUACAAGCCCGAUAACCCGUUAGGGCACCGGUUCAAGAUUGAAACCCCAAGCACCAUACCUCGGAUGUAUCAUUCUACUGCGAUUUUGAUUCGUGAUGGUCGGGUGCUCGUUGGUGGAAGUAACCCCCACAUAUAUUACAAUUUCACAAACGUACUUUAUCCUACCGAACUAAGGUUUGAGGCGUUUUCACCAUCAUAUCUGGAUCCAAGAUUAUCUAACUUACGACCAAAGAUAUUACCCGGUUCUCAAACCCGGUUUGGGUAUGGGGACCAGGUGAUCAUCCGGUUCAUGGUUUUGGGCCACAUGGACCCAAAAUCAGUAUCGGUGACAAUGGUGGCACCUUCUUUUAACACACACUCGUUUUCCAUGAAUCAAAGGUUGUUGAUCCUUGAAGGCGGGAACAUCACCGUGCCUAUCGGGAAGGCAACGUACCAAGUGUCAGUGAGGGCGCCACCGUCGUGCUACAUUGCUCCGGCGAACUAUUACCUUAUGUUUGUGGUUCAUCAGCAAAUUCCAAGUGAGGGCAUUUGGGUUCAACUUGGUUGACAAGUCAAAGAUAGGGCAUUUGGGCUACCCGUGAACAUCUAUCUGAUUUGGAAAUCUUGUGACAUGACCCGUGAUACAUCUAGUGCACAUGGAUAGAAUAGCCUAAAGAAUUUAUUGACCAAUUGAUCAUGAACAUGGGAUGAUGGUUUUAGGGGCAAAUAAGGUGAAAUCAAACAAAAAGUAUUUAGGAAACAAUGAAAUUAGAUGUUUAGAAAUAACCAUUUUUUUUUAUUUAGUUUGAUGGUAGAAUGAGUCUUUUUGGUUCUUAAAGAGAUGUUA